UUGCCUGCAAACGUGAGCAGUCCGUACACAGUUUGUCGUCUUCAUGCUCGUACCUCUUACGCCCUGUCAGUGGAAGCCGACAACGGGUUUGGCAAGUCUCCACCGGCUCGAAAAGUAUUUUUCACUGAUGAGACCGUUCCAUCUGGAGCUCCAGCACACAUUGAUGUGAAACCUGCAGUUGGUGCACCGUCGAUCACCGUUUCCUGGAGAAAACCGAGCAAUGCCACAGGCCACAUCACCCGAUAUCAUCUUUACCACAAGGUGCAUGGCCAUGCGAAGUGGAAAGUCGAUCACCUGAGUGUCACCCGACCCGAGCAGACCUCAUAUAAAUUCGAGUUGAACGGACUCGAGCCGUCUACGAAAUACCACUUUCGGCUAUCGGCGUCAAGCACGAAAGGUGAAGGACAGCGAAGUGUCGAACACGUGGUGAUGACUGAUGUCCCAGUCGCACAAUCACGGAGCACUCAUGCCUCUCGUGGUCCCAACGAUGAACCCUUUCCAGUGCCAGCUGCACCAGAAAUCUCUUCACUGACCUUUGACUGCAAAAAUGGCAUCCUCCUGCAGUGGAAUUCCAACGAAGGGCAGAGCUGUGAAGUGGAGAUCACUAACGAAACAAGCACAUUACGAUUUAACACCAGCGCUUCG